GAUAACUGAAAACCUUCCAUUCCAUUUCCAUGGAGAUAGUAGCAACCUCGCGCCCGUCUCUCAUAACCCUCCAAUUUCAAAUUCCUUUCCUUCGCUUCUCCUUCCCUAUGACCUACCAGCUCAAUCCCCCGCCUCAAUCGUCUCCUCCCACUUUCCUUCGAUCCCAAUUUCUCUCCUUUUCUCGUCUUCUCCGGCGAAAAUCUGUCUCAGUGACUUGCUCUUUCGCAGACGACAGUACCUCCUCGACGGAGGUUGGUACCGUUGACCCCUCGCUUGCUUUGAAGAAGAGGGCAGCAGAUGUAGGCCCGGAGCUGAAGGGAACUUCCAUAUUCCUAGUUGGGAUGAACAACUCCAUUAAAUCCAAUUUGGGAAAACUUCUGGCAGGUGUGUUGCGAUAUUAUUACUUCGAUAGUGAUGGUCUGGUAGCCGAAGCUUCUGGGGGAGAAUCUGCUGCCAAAUCAUUCAGGGAGAGUGAUGAGAAGAGAUUUCGGGAGUCUGAGACUGAAGUGCUGAAGGAGUUAUCAUCCCUGGGUCGACUGGUAGUUUGUGCUGGAAAUGGUGCAGUUCAAAGCUCAACUAAUCUGGCACUUCUAAGGCAUGGGAUCUCAAUUUGGAUCGAUGUACCUCUUGAUAUGGUGGCCAAGGGUAUAACUGAAGACAGAGAUCAGAUAUAUUUUCCAGAAAUAUCUCCUGGUUCUUAUUCAGAGGUUUUGUCUCAGCUAACAGCUCUUUAUGAAGAAACAAAAAGUGGAUAUGCCACGGCUGAUGCAAUUGUUUCCCUUCAAAAAAUAGCAAGUCAAGCAGAUCAGGCUGACUUGGAUGCAGUAACUGCGGAAGAAAUGACUAUGGAGGUGGAGAAAUAUAUGAUGCAAGCAUUGCUCUCUCUCUUUCUCUCUCUCAAUACAGACAAUACUGUUAAUGAUGUAUUUUCUCUUCUUCCUUAUAUAUGUUUAGGUUCUUAAGGAAAUAGAGAGGCUUACAAGAGUGAAGAAGAUGAUGGAAGAAGCGGCUAGACCUUUCUAGACAACAGAGAACAUGCAAUCUCAUUGUAACAGCUUGCUGUUGCUGAGGUAUUACCCUAUCAAAAUUUUGAGAGACAAAAUAAACUUCUGCACUUUUAAGUAUACUUUUACCAGGCAAAUUAUUCAUAUUUGAAGAUUGGACAUGUCACAUCUAAUGUCAUGUUGAUAGCCAUUACUGAGCAUCCCAUCCCAAAUGGGAAGUUGAUGAGCCAUGAUGACCCCUUGCUUCAGGCAUACACAAAGACAUCUUCAAGGGUCAAAAAAUGGUGUUGGAAUCAGUGCCCCAUGCAACAAUUUCAACAUGGGCUUUUACUUCAGCUUUGAAAAUUGAAAUGAAAAGUGGCCAUAAUUGAUGGUCUUAACCUUGGACACAGACAGGCACCAACUGGUGGAGUGCUGCUUCCAUUCAAUCUCUAGUCUAUUAGCACUAAUUAAACAAAUUACCUGUAACAUUGGGUAUAUUACAAUAACUUUAGCUAAGAGUAUAUUUGUAUUAAAUAAGUUUGUUGUCCAAACUAAAGGCACCUUCAUCCUAUCACGUGACCCCACGAGAUGUAAUGGCAAAUAAAUACUUGUAUUCAGC